CUGCUGCCGCUCACUCUCGCUCGUCGUCUCUUUGCACCUCUGUCGCCUCCGCUGCGCGCCGCUCCGCUCUCCAUCCUCCAUCCCUGCUGCGUGCUCACUCACCCUCUCCGGUCUCUCCUCAAGCUCCAGCGUGGCCGUCGUGUCUCGCACUCUCACCUGCGUCGCCCUCACCGCGCCGUGCCAAGCCUCUCCGCGCCGCUCCAGCUCAUCACUCUGCUCUGCCUUCGCCGUCUCCCCGCGCACUCCGCACUGCCGGCCUGUGCCCUGCGCCGCCUCUAGCAGCUCUUCUGCCAGCACGCCUCGCCUCGUCGCCGUCGCUGCGCGCGCCUCGUCGCUCGCACCGCAGCGACCGCUGCCAGUGCUCCGCGCACGCCGCGCAUCCGCACACCGCGCCUGCGCCUUCGCAGCAUCCCUGUGCUCGCCGCAGCGCCGCCGAGCCAUGCCCGCACACGCCCUCAUGGAGGCCGGCUCGUCCAACCUCGCCGCCGCACCCGCCGCCCUCGCUGCCCGCGCUCCGGCGCCCACGGCCGCGCCAUUACGCCGGCACGCCAGCGACGUGCCGCGCGUGCGCGUGCGUGCCGAUGAGUUCGCCGAGCGUGCAGCGCUGCUGGCCGAGCAGCAGCAGCAGGCUGGCAGUGCGGCGCCGCAAGAGGUCGUCGUCGGGCCUUUCUACGGCGGCCUGGCAGAGGCACAGCGCGUGCGGCGGCAGCUCGAGAGCGAGCCGGGCGCCGCACGGCGGCUGGCAGCCGAAGCACGGCAGGCAGGCAGCGAGCGCUCGCUGCCCGACAGCGAGAGUCCGCUGCGGCCGCGGGCGCGCGCCGUGCGGGCACAGCAGCUGGCCGACGAGGACCUGCUGGGCAAGCGGCUGGUGCCGGACGCCGAGUGGACGAAGCGGCAGACGGCAGAGGAGCAGCGCUGCUUCGUCGGCAACGACCAGCUGAGCUGCUUCCCGACGGCCGACACACGUGUGACGCAAGGGACGUGGAGCAGACUCAUCUGGAACUCCAACUAUCCCGACUUCACCAACAACGGCGGCUUCGUCGACGUGUACCUCUUCCACGAAGACUCGGACGUCGUGGCGCGCUCGUGGACGUCGCUCGACAACGCGACGGGCCGCCUCUCGUUCCAGCCAAACGACCCGUACUGGGAGGGCCGCCCGCUGGCGGACAACUUCAACGGCACGAGCAUCGCGUGGCCGUUCUACUUCGUCAUUACGUAUGCGGGCGAGGGGCUGGGCGGCUCGACGACGCGGCUGAGCACAUGGACUGCCAUUCAAACGGCGCUGCCGACGGCGAUCGCCAUCGCACGGUCAUCAUCCUCCGCCUCACUGUCGUCGGCCGCGGCUGCGUCGUCCGAGUCCGCAGCGUCUGCGUCUGCAUCUGCGGCAGCGGCCGCAUCCAGCGCGGCGACGCUGACGGGCGCUGCAGCAUCGUCGCUCUCCAGCUCCGAGGCGGCCGCCUCGUCGUCCUUCGCCUCGUCGAUCACCGCCGCACUCGUCUCGUCGCUGCGGUCAGAAGGCCUGACCGGCACCGAGACGCUGCAGAGCACGGCCACGACGACGUUCGCCGACGGCCGCACCGCCACCAUCACUGCCACGGCGCGCGCCAACGGCCAGCCCGUGGCGCCGCUCAACACCGGCGGUGGCGGCCUGCCGCGCUGGGCCAUCGCGCUCAUCGUCGUCUUUGGCUUCCUCGCACUGGUCGCCGCGCUCGUCGGCGGCUACUUCCUCAUGGCUGCCGCGCGCCGCCGCCGGCGUCGCCAGACCAGCCACGCCGGCAGCGACGCGCCGAUGAUGGGCGGCGGCUCCUCAGUCGGCGCCAGCACCGACGGGCACGGCUUCGACGAGGGCGGCGGCAUGCGCGAGGCCGGUCUUGCUGCAGGUGCCGGCGCAGCGGGCGCAGCAGCUGUUGCCGGAGCAGGAUCACGGCGCAGCAACAACGAGGACUCGCACCCAUUCACCUCCGACGAGGCCGCACGCAUGGCCGACGCCUUCCGUGCCGCACUGCGCAAGCCCGACUUUGCGGCGUCGAUGGCGCAGGGCAGCACGCCGCCCGAGGGCGACAGUCCCUCGGGCGAAGGCGGACGCGCGCUCCUCGCCGACGAGCUGCGCGCAGAGGGCCGCGAGGUGCAGAGCGUGGGCGACCGGCGCACGCCUACCGUCAGCGGCCAGUAGUCGCAAGCUCUCUGCUCUGGCCUUCUCGACCGUAGCAUGCGGCCUGCCAGGCCUGCGUCCGGUCGAGGUCUGCUUCCAUCUAGCCGCACCCGGGCUUUCAUCGUUGUCCAGCGUCGUCGCGACGCGUCUGCCUGCGCCUUCUCACCUUUUCGCUCCGUGUCGGACACACACUCCCACUCUCGUUCGCCUUCGCCUCUUCCUGCACCCCUUACGUGACUCUCUGCCUUGCUCGCUCUCUCUUGUACAAUCGCUUUCUGCCUUUUACCCCACCUUACUCUCUCCCUUCCCUGCGAGCCUCGGACCCGCUCAGGGCGUCGUUCUCUAUCUCAGCAAAUCAUCCAGUCUCUAUC